GAUAGAGGGAAGGAAGGAAGGAGGGAGCGAGGGAGAGCUGUAUAGAGAGCAAGAGUGUAUCUAAUAAAGGAGUGAGAAAGAGGGGAAGGGAGGAGAGAGAUAAGGGAGAGGAAGACUUCUUACUCAUUAAGAGAUCAGUCAAGCUGUCAUCUAAGCACUCUCUCUUUCAGCUGCGCACCCCAGGCUUACACAUCGAUACGGACACCCCAGGCUUACACAUCGAUACGGACACAAACAGAAAGCAGAAGUGAACCAUUUCGGGCGGCGUGGUUGGCUAUGGCUCACGGAUCUGACAGCAACGACUCCAGUUACACCAAGUCACCUUCACCAGCAGGCAGCAGCAGGCAGGGCUCCUCAGACAAUGUAAAGAAAGUGAUGAGGAGGGAAAAGAACCGCAUUGCUGCCCAGAAGAGCAGGAUGAGACAGACCCAGAAGGCUGACAGUCUACACCUGGAGAGUGAGAACCUUGAGAAGGAGAAUGCAGCUCUGAGGAAGGAAGUGAAGAGAUUAACAGAAGAGGCCAAGUAUCUCUCCUCUGUCCUGACUACCCAUGAACCCCUCUGCACUGGCCUGGCCUCUCAGACGACCCCUGACCUUCUCUACUCUCCCCACCACCACCCUGUUUCCCCGCAUCACGGCGCCUUCCACCACCAGCACAGCAUAGCUGUGUCGCACUACCAACACUGACCAUCUCUGACCAAAAGGUGGUGCUGAAGAGAAGCUAAAUAAGUUCACUGACCUUGUUGUGGCUGAAAAAGUAGUGCAUUGCAAAUGCCCAUCAUAUUCCUUUUAUAUUCAACUACCUUUGACCCUCUGGGUUUUAGUCAAAAGUCAUGCACCACAUAGGGUAGCUUGCACAGAAUGUGUAGAGAAGCAAGUAAAGACUGGUGUUUGAAAUAGCUAAGAACAAGCAGUGAAUGAUUUCCUAGUUUACGAAUCGAAGCCUUGGCAAUGCAUGAAGUUCUUUCUACAACAGGACAGAAAAUCAACAUUAUCUAAGACACCAGAACAAUGUUUUAUGGAAAUGUAUCUUUUACUGUAUUUAUACGAUGAUGAAUGAUGAAAAUGUUCUUCUCAUACCACAAGACAUGUAGAAUACAAAUGGCUUUUCUUUGAGAUUUGCGCUGUAGUUUUCUUAAGUUGUUGAUGUUUCACUGAACUGUAUGACUGUUUCUAAAGUUUCAACAGUUGUUUAUGUGUGUACAUUAGGUAAAAUCCUUUAUAUUACAAAAAAUACUCAGGAUUAAAUAACAAGCUUGUGAAGAGGUGGAAUAAGGAACAAAUUGACUCAGUGAUGUGGAAAAUAUUGUCGCCAAAACAAACAAUGCUGCUUUUAUAGUUUCAUACAAACAAAUGUAUUCUCUGCAUCAUGUAAAUACAACUUUGAUAACUAAAUCAUAGUUUUGGUCUACAGGUACAGUACAUUGUUAAUCUAUAUGGUCACUGGGUGGCGCUGUGUACCUGUGAGUAAUGUUAGGUACAGUAUGCAUCGUAUGCUCCUAUUUGAAUGUUUUUCAACUUGCACUGAGACGUGACUUUCACUCUUUAAUUUACCAUAAGAAGUAUUCUGAUUUUGAUAAAUAUUGUAUUAAAAGUAUGUAUUUUUAAAUGUUCUCUUUAAAUGUGUCAAAUACGUUUAAAGGCAGAAAUUGUUUUGAAAUGCUUCAUGAAUUCUGGCUGGAAGCCUCAAGCCUCAAACAUUUUCCAAUAUGCUAUCUAUUGUAUUUUAAUUCCAGAGAAAAAUUGUAUUUGUAUUAUAUUCUGUCCUACUCUGUACUGGUCAGUCGAUAGUGAAUAUGCAUGUUAUAACAUUGACAUAACAUUGGCCAGGGGCUUUUUUUCAGCCUCAGACCCAAAUUAUAAUUGUUCCUGUGACUGGAGCUCAUGAAACCAUGCAACAACACAAAUACAUCGCUAACUGUCCUUAUAUCUAAAAGAUAUGCACUAUAGAAUAAAUAGAAAAAUCUAUUAAAUUAAACCAAUAUAGAUUUAUUAAUGUUUCUGCCCAUUAUAAACACUGUUAACAAAUGUUAAAUAAAUGUUUU